UCAGCUGGGACAAUAACAACAAUAACGGCCGAUUACGGGGUCGAGACGGCGCUUUUACAUAUGGACCGCGUCCGAUGUGAACAAGCAAAGGAGCAGCGGUCGCUGUUUUAAAGGAUGCGUGUGUAUUUCACCGCUUUAUUUCCUUUUAUUUCCAGUUUUGUCGGACUGCUUCCUGCGUGCCCCAGCAAAACGAGGGGGUUGAAGAACUGCGGCUAAUAACUUAGCUAGCAUGCUAAUCUGCCAUAUAUUUUCAUAUUAAACGAUUUCUAUGUAUUCUCCGCUCAACUAAGUGUCGCUUUCAUACGUGUACUCUCAGAGAUGCCUUUGAAAUAUGGUGAUGCCUUUUACAUAGUAGGUAUUUUUAUUUCGAUAGCUUACUUCUGGAAAGCUGCUAUAAAGUUUUCAUAGCCUUUUAACUUAGCCCCGUUUUAGGUCUAAGGAGAAAUAAUACAGUUUUAUAGCCGUAAAUAGCUAAUUUGUCGGCCGCACCGGGCUGUUUGUGUCAGUCUGUGUUGUUAGGACAGAAGCUAGCUCGUUAGCAGGGUCGGUAGCUGUGUUGAGGGCAGUGUGGCCAGGCCUCGCGUCUCUACUGUACUGACAGGAGAGAUGAAAACAAAAGAUUAGCUCGCUCCCUUGCUAGCUCGCUAACCCCCAGCGUUUAUUACUGCCACGGCCAAUGUAUGACUCUUUCUUUGAUAACAUAUCAGCGGCUGAGCCUCAAGGCGCAGAGUUAAUAUGCAUGUAGCAAUGUUAUUUUAUUUGCCAAAUUUCCUGUUUGGCAGAACAUCCUGUCUUGCUGUUACACCAUAAGUCUAAUAUUGACCUAGCACGUCGCUUGCAAUUGUUUUCACAUUGACGUUAUGUUAAAGUUAUAUUGUUAAAUAUAAUAUGUGUGUUAUAGCUUGUAUAUAAACAAUAAAAUAGGCAGUAGAGUAAGAGGAACAUGUUAUAGAGAUGUUCGAACUGCCUAUGAGCACCUGCAAAAACACUUUCAGGAGGUUUCACCAUUGUUCCUUAAAUUCAAUGAGUACAACAAAUGCAAGUAGGUGUUGAUCCAACCACUGCAUCUUAGUUAGUGACCCCUCUGCGCCCCCAAAGUCCAGUGAAGGGGUACUCAGAGACACACUGCAAUGUCAGAGACUCUGAUAACAGGGCAGACAUCGGAGGAUCUGUUGGCCGACUUUGAGACUUUGCUGAACUCUGGGAGUAUUGACCUGGGCGAGGACCACCAGAUAGUGAUCAUCACCAGCCCCAGCAAUGAGGGACUCCACCCGGCCGCUGCCCCCACCAGCACGGGGGAAAUCCUGCUGUUUGCCACGCCUCAGGGCCCCGCUGACGUGGGGAUCCAGGACAAGAGACGACCGGCUCUGGGAAGACCUCCGGUGAAGAGGAAGUUGGAUCUGGAUAGUGACCAUCAGUAUGUCAGCACCACUCGACCGUCCAUAGGCCAAGCACCCCCCUCCACACCUGCCCCUCCCAGAGUUCCUCGAACCACGGCGGAGAAGUCACGGUAUGACACUUCCUUGAACCUGACCACCAAGCGCUUUCUGAGCCUGUUGUCCCAGUCAGCCGACGGCGUGGUGGAUCUGAACUGGGCCUCGCAGGUCCUGGAUGUCCAGAAGAGACGCAUCUACGACAUAACCAAUGUCCUGGAGGGAAUCCAACUCAUCUCUAAGAAGUCCAAGAACAAUAUCCAAUGGCUUGGUAAUCGAAUAGACGCGGCUUUGGUUUCCCGCCAUAAAGAGUUACAGAGGGAGGUGUGUGACCUCACAGAGGCUGAGGAGCAGCUGGACGAGCUCAUUUCCAAAUGCAACCUGCAGCUCCGACUGCUCACAGAGGACCCACAGAACAAGAAGUUGGGCUAUGUGCGCUGCCAGGACUUGAGGAAGUCAUUUGAUUCCCCGGACCAGCUGGUGAUGGUGAUCAGAGCCCCACCAGAGACACAGAUGCAAGUUUCAGAACCUAGCGAGGGUUACCAGGUGUCGUUGAAGAGCACGCGGGGCCCAAUCGAUGUCUUCCUCUGCCCAGAAAACAGCUCCGGCGUCUGUAGCCCCGUGACAGGAAGCAGUCCCUCGAAACCCAUCGCUGACCCCUCCCUGGUCCCGCCUCCUUCACAACCCACAGACCAGCCACAAGCCAGAAGCUCCACAACCGCCGUGGAGGUGGGCUUAUCAUCCCCAGCGUCGACAUCGUCCACAGUGACGGCAGCCUCCCAGCAGGAGCCCUCGUCACUGGUGUUGGGUGGCGACACAGAAUCGCUCCUGGGAGGCGAUCCCUUCUCCGGCCUCGGAGACAUGCCCGACUUUAACCUCUCCCCCCUCUCCUCCUCGGACUUCCUGAACGGAGAAGGCCUCCCUCUCCCGUUAGACGGUUUCAUCAACCUGUCCCCCCCGCACAGUCACGACUACCACUUUGGACUGGAGGACCACGAAGGCAUCAGCGAACUGUUUGAUUGCGACUUCGGCGACCUGUCGCAAGUGUUGGGGGGACCGUUAGAUGAAAAAGAAGAGGAGGAGAGGACAAACAUGGGAGAGACCUUUUCCUCUGUCCCCUGUGACUUCUAAAGGAGGGCUGGAAAGCAACAUUUUAUGGUCAAAUCUUUGUUUUAUAAAAACAGAAACAAAAAAAAAAAAACACAGACUUAAUGUUUUCAGUGUGGGGUGAGGGAAGAUCGUUUGCCUCUGAAUUGCCUGUUAUCCCUAAAAUACCACCGCAUCUACAAAACUUUAAAAAGUCCCCGAAAUUGUACAGCACAUCAUUAGCACUUCUCUUUGGCCAUUCAAACAUUUUAGACCAAGAUUCUAGCUUUAGUAUAGCUAUUUAAAUUAUUUAUAUGAAUGUUAUUUUGAUAUUUUGUACCAAUUGAGGUUUUCGUUGUUGUUGAUAAUGUUUUAUCCAGGUGGAUUUUUGCAGGUUUGCGUGUGGGGUGUGGACUCAUUGGGCUGGUUUCCUUAACACUGAUUUGUCUGCAGCAGAUUAAGGCUGGUUUCUUAGACGCCUCAGUCUGAAGGGUUUUCUGCAAAGGGGAAAAGUUUGCAUCCCACAGCUUCAGGCUGAAGCUGCUUCAAUGAAACCAGCAUUUACAGUAGCACCGAUCCAUGGCUGGGCUUUCUGAAAGCAGAGAUGCUUUGGUGUCGUUUCACACACUUCUUUUUUUUUUUUUUCUCCUAAGUUGAUGGUCUUUAUAAACUCAAAACAAAAGUAAAAGACUUCUCCCUCGCUAAUAAUUUGUGUUUAAAACACUGGAAUACUGAAGAACUGGAUCCUCGGUAACUGACAGUGACUUUGCAGGCCCAGAGCAGAUUUGCACAUUUAUAGGAUUAACAAGAGUUUGAAAUAAACGCCCGACGGUCUAUUAUCAGCCUGAAGUCAGAGGAUUUGAACUCAUUUUCAGUUGGGUGAACGCAGACUAAGAACUAAGAUGCUUUUGGGGAACUGGACCCUCGUCUUUCUUCAAAUAAAUGAUUAAGCAAAGCAAAAAGUUACUAUACACAUUUUCAAUAUUGUUUUUUUUCUUCAAAAGAAACUUGUCAUAAAAAUGUUUCCACAUUUUUCCUUUUAGGUGUGUGAAAAUGGUAGAAACUCCACAGUCGGACAAAUAAUGAGGGUUUUGAAGUAAGCAGUUACAGUCGUGUGUAGGAAACCAGGUGAUGACAGACUGCUGCGGUUAUGCCAGCAGGUGAAAACUAGUUCUGAAUAUGUUGUUCUUUAUUAAUUAGCUAGGCGUUUAGCCUUAGUCUCAGGUGUUCGGAGCAGAGCAAAGUCUUAAAUCAAUGUUUUUGAUGCAACAUGAGAAUGACUGUUUUUAGAUGUACUUUGUGGGUGAUGUGUAGGUCGAAAAUAGACUUUUACAUGUUUAGAAAAUGCUUGAAGACAGUGCAUGUUUUUUUUUUUUUCUCACAACUUUUUCCAGCCAAGGGUUUGAAGUGAAAAAAGUUUAGCAGAUGCAGGUAGACUAACGCUCCUGAAACCGACAGUCGGCGUCAUGUGGGGAAGCUCGCGGCAGGUCGGGUUGAGCCCCGACGACACAGUUAAGGACGUUUGUUAGGUCGUCACAAACCAUUCGCUCUUCAUUGCAUGUUUUCUAAAAGCGUUCAGCGGGGUUUGUUUAUCAGUAUGGAUGAAUCAAAGCACAGCUGCAUCUCUGCUUUUAUCAGUGUAAUCAGCGAUGACUUUCAGGAAGGGUUAAGUGGAAGUGAUGGGCUCUUGAAAGGAAUUCAACACGGACAUCCUGUUAUUGUUCGGAAUAUGCACAUCAGAUCAGUUCAGGAAGUUAAUGUUCAAGCCUUAAAUCAAUGACCUUUACCAAGUAAAGGGAUGUACAUCUUAUCUUAGCCCCAGGAAGACUGAUUCCUUCUUGUUUUUCUUCUGAAGUGACGUCAGGCUCCUUCUCUGUGUGCUACUAUACACCUUGGUUGUGUUUCUAAUGAAAUCACAUUGUUUGUCAGUUGAAUUAAGCAGCAAUAACAGUUGUUGUCACAUCAUGUAUUCUGUGUGAGAUAAGAAAAAAAAAAAACCUGUCCUGCUUCGUGUUGUGUAUCGUUGUAUUUAGAAAUGUCUGCAUCAACCUUUUUCUUCUUGUUCUAAGUUAUGUAAGCUAACAUGUUUUUGUGUUCCUGAAGUAUAGGGUUGUAAUAAGUGUGCGGGUGCAUGUGUGUGGAAAAUACAAAUUGUUUUGUUGAAUUUCAUAUUUAUUUAAAAAAAAAAAAAAAGUUUUAAUAGAAAAAUGGUACAAACCAAUUUACAUGUAUUUUCUGGCAGGAAGGGAUUUUACAUCCAUACUUUCUCUUGGUAAAGCCAGUCAGAUCAUGUUUGUCCUUUCAUGGUGAAAAGAAGUCAUUUGUUUUGUAAAUUAGCUUCUCAGAAAAAUCCCCCUCUUUGGUUGAACAUGUGCCAAAAAAAAAAAGUUUUUCAAGAGUAAUUCAGUUAACGUGUAACUUAAUCCUUCGUACUCUUGUUCAUUCACGGCCUCGUCAGUCACAUCGAUGUGGAUUAUAGGUAUUGCAGUUGCAGGCAACGUUGCUAUGCUAAGGUUGCACAUGUGUUGCGGUGCAGACUUUGGGUGCUUCAGACUCUCGUGCGAAUGUGUGAAAACCUUGUAACCACAGACAUCCUUUGUUUUGUUAAGUUUCCUUUAUCUUCACGUAUGUGGAAACCUUAAAAAUCAUCAAGCAUAUUAUUUCAGCAGCGUCUGAAGAGUUUUUUUUAAACUGACAGCAUUUUUAUAAGCCACUAAACUGUUUUUCGGCUUCUUAGAGUGUUUUUUUUUUUCUCUCCCUUCCCCGAAAAACACUGACAUUUUCGCAUUGUCAGCCUUUGUGAAAGCCGUGUCAUGUUUUGGUUCUCUGCAGGACAUAUGCAGUGCCUUGUUUGGGUAACGUGAAUUAUUAAUGAAUAAUCCCAUCAGGAUUUAUUUUUUGUGUGUGGUUAUGGUGAAAGAAUGCAGUGUUUUCAGUUUUUUGAGAGGUUCUUCUUUUCUUUUCUUUUUUUUUUUUUUUUUUUUUUAAGUUCAAGCAUUUGUUGCACCUGGGUUGAAAUCAAAUCACCUUCAGUUUAAGCUCAGUUUUAAGCAUCUUUGGGAAAUAAUGGGUCAUGAAAUAUGACGUUUGAUCCAAACUAUGUAACACUAUCCAUAUCUUUUACACUUUAUGUGUUUAACUCACUGUUGGACACAAAAAGGUCUACAAGCUCAGUCUGCAGACACCGUGAAAUAAUUGUGGUUUACCAGAAUGAAAGUGAAUUGACUCCAACCCUGAUUUAGUCGCUGUUCAAAGUGCUUUUAAGGGAAACUGUGGUUUAUCCAGCAGUUUAUCAGUCACAUUUUCUGUCGCUACAUUCUGGGUUCAAAAACAAAAAAAACAUACAAAUACAGGUUUGUACUUGUGAAUUAUUAAUGAGCUCCAAUGUGCCCUUUUGUAUCACUUUUUCUUCGACAAAAAUAAAAAUUUAACUAUUUUGAUUUGA